AUGGAAAGCCACUUGAACAGCUCCACGAUGCACCAGGUGGAAACCGUCUGUCAGCAGGCCUCGAUAGAGGCACCCAGCCAUCAUGCCAGUGAACACACAGCCAACGAAGAAUGCUACGAGCCGCAAGGACAGCCAGAGCAGCCCGAUAAUACAAGCGUCUUACCCUCUGAAGCGCUCUUACCUGAGCAGUGCCAGCAUUCUCGAGAGUUCACAAGUCUGUCCCAAGAUGCAGUGGUUCCAGUGUACAAUGUUGGACUUAACGAUGAGCUAUCAGAUACAGGGCUCACAAAUGAACGAGCGGCCGAGCUCCGCGAGGUAUUUGGGCCGAAUUCCGUGAAAUCCAAGCAGACUCCAGAGUGGCAGAAGGUUGCCAAACGAUAUCUCCGCACAACUCCAAUACUGCUGACUAUUUCUGCAAUUAUGUCCGUUUGUAUCAAAAUUGACGGGAAACGGGACUGGCUGUCUUUCAGCUUGCUGGUUUUCCUGUGCAACGUGAUGGUCUGGGCUGACUACAUGGGAGAGCGAACAGCAGCUAACGCCAUCAGUGCAGUUGAAAAGCUGGCAGCUCCAGAAUGCAGCGCUAAGCGCGACGGGGUGUGGAGUUCAAUUGAAGUAGUUGAUCUGGUUCCAGGAGACGUCGUAUGGCUAAAGGCUGGCAUGAUAGUACCAGCAGAUGGAGUUUUCAUUCCCCAUCAGAAGUAUAUCUUUUUAGAUGAGUCUGCUCUUACUGGGGAGUCUUUGGCAGUCAAGAAGUGUAGGGGUGCGGAACUCUUAAGCGGCUCAGUUGUUCAGCGAGGAGAGGGGUCAAUGCUAGUGCAAAAGACCGGAGUUGAUUCAUUCUACGGCAAGACUAUAGCGUUACUCGCUCGAGCAGAUCGAAAAGGUCAUUUGCGCACAAUUCUAGAUAGCGCAUCAAAGGCUCUUACAUUGGCAGCUGUGAUCUUUGCCUUAUUCCUUGUUUUUUGGGAGCGAUUUCAUCCGGCAUGGAUAGAAAAACGGAAUGGAGAAGUAAACCUUGGCUUGCUCUUGAAGCGCGCCUUUACGCUAAUAGCUGCGGUAAUCCCUGCUGCUAUGCCGGUGGUAACGACCACUGUGCUUGCGGUGGGGGCAGUGUCGAUGAGCAGGGAGCACGCGGUUGUCUCAAGGCUCUCUGCCAUUGAGGAGGCCGCUGGGGUCGAAAUCCUGUGUACGGACAAAACUGGUACUCUGACCCUCAACAAACUUACCCUGUCCAGGGAAGAUACAAGCGUAGAGCCCGGUUUCACAACUAAUCAAUUACUAGUUUACGCAUCUCUCGCAACGAGCUGUACUGAGCCAGAUCCCAUCGAUUUGGCCAUUAACGCAGAGGCCAAUAUGCAGGAGCGCGCAGAGUUCGAGGUGCUGGACUACACGCCGUUCAAUCCAGUCGAUAAGCGUGCUGACAGUAUCGUGCGCACCAAGUCAGGAGAGGUGCUCUUUGUGACAAAAGGGGCUCCGCAUGUCAUCGGUGAGCUGGUCUGCGCACCAGGAGACACUAUGAAGCUGCAGCGUCUCAACAGCAUCAUCGAAGACAAAGCUCGCAGAGGGUUACGUACUCUGGGGGUGGCUAUUAAACCAAUAGCUUUUAAAGGUACCGAAAUACUAGAAGAAGCCACGGAGGCACUCAGCAGCACCAUGUGGGAGCUUGUUGGUUUUCUAUGCCUUCGAGACCCCCCAAGAGCUGAUACAAGAGAAACUUUAGAGCGUUCAAAGCAAAUGGGAGUCCAGAUAAAAAUGCUGACUGGAGACCAGCGAGCAAUCGCAGCUGAGACAGCUAGGCUCCUUGGUUUGGGCGAUAACAUCUGUGGGCCUGAAAUCUUCAAGGAGAGACCGAAAGGCCUUGAGAGUGACUUGCAGUUUGACGAAUUUAUUAGUAAGGUAGAUGGCUUCUCUGGGGUGUACCCAGAGCACAAGUUUGACAUUGUUGAUACUUUACAGCGGAGCGGUUGCCUUGUUGCCAUGACAGGUGAUGGAGUCAACGAUGCGCCUGCGCUGAAACGGGCAACCGUGGGGAUAGCAGUUAGCGGAGCAACAGAAGCUGCCCGUGCUGCAGCUGAUAUUACGCUACUCUCUCCUGGGUUAUCAAGCAUAAUUACCGUCCUAAGCUUAUCCCGGCAAAUAUUCAAGCGUAUCGAAGCCUAUAUUACCUUCCGCAUCCACGGCAGUGUCAUGACCCUUUUGUUUUGGUGGGGUUGCGUUGUUAUUUUUGAUUAUGAAUAUCCUACAUGGGUGCUGGCACUUGUCGCAAUUAUCAACGACUUCGUGUUAAUGAGCUGCUCGCGUGAUAAUGUGCCCUCUUCCAAACUCCAGAGGGCAUCCAGCACAGGCUUCAGCAAAAGCAUCGAAUGCUUGGGCCGCAGGUUUUUUAGCGAGUCCUCUCUUAAAGGAGGCGAUAAGGUACUAUAUGCCCGCAGCCUUCUUAUCGACAUGGAGGCUAAGGCCGUCCAAAACUGUCUUGUGUGUCAUCCCCCCCUUUCCAGUAGCAAAAGCACUGACCUGGGAUACUCAGGACGUACACUUUACAGGGAAAGCGUACCUGGAUCAACCAUGGAUUGGUGCUGGAAACCUGAGUGUGCAUUUUGGCAGCAAGGCGGCUGCGGGAACAACUGGGCUAUUGGUCACGAGUUGCAGGGCCCGUCAAAUCACGAUACGCUCGAGAGCCUGAUAACGAGCCUCGCAGAGGAUGCAGACGCCAUAAAUUCUGUAUUGAUACUCCAUUCCGUUGCCGGGGGUACAGGCUCUGGCGUUGGCUCGUACAUGACGGAGUUGUGUGCAGAUUUGUUACCAACAAGCUGCAUUGCAAGUUGCUGUGUCUGGCCCUUUGAAUCUGAAGUCUCCACGCAGUCUCUCAACGCGAUGCUAACCCUCGCUUCACUUCAGCGAGAUAGUGAUGGAAUCUUUAUCUUCGAAAACGCACGAUGUGCAAAAGCGCUGCAAAGGCAUUCAGCAGCUACUCCGGCAGGAGCAGGAGCGAAUUUUUCGGGAAUAAACCGUUACAUUUCGCGUGAACUUCUAGGCUGCUGCCUGCUGCCUUCCGAUGCAUGGGAUCAUUCCUCCAAGGGCACUUCUAGAUGCAGCGGCGGGCAAUUAAAAAAAUUCGAAAAUAAGAGCUUGACUUGUACAGACGUAGGAUGCGGGGCUCUGCGGUCGGAUGCUGCUUCAGCGCGUCACUGCCCCUUGCGAGACGUAGUGGCAGACGUUGCAGCGCACCCAGCCUUCAAGCUACUAACUUGCCGGUACCUUCCGCAAAACUUUUCGGCUGAGUCCAGCAGCUCUGGCCUGGCCCCUUAUACCUUUCGAUCUCUGCUCUGCCGCUUGCAGCGCAUGUUUAAGAGAGCAGACAGCCUGGACUUCUAUGCGCCUCCCAGUCCAGCGUUCUCUUGCCGCUCGAGACAGAGCCACUAUGCAGAAGUGCGACAGCAGAACCAAAGCAGUUCCUUCAAUGAAGGCAAUGCAGAGGACGCCCAACCAAACAUUGCGGUAGCUGCGCGGCUCUGCCUGAGAGGACCAAAAUCAAAAAGUUUUGAUGGGAACCCCGUGGACGACUGCAAUAUUGCAUUGUGGCCCUACGCCCUUGGCCCUAUAAAGGUUUCUUCUCAUCCCUUCCCAGCCCUUGGAGAACCAUGCAGUGCGUCUCUUACUACAAGCUGUUGCACACCGCUUCCAGCACUCCGAAGUACACUGGAGAUGAGCCGUGACCUGCUGCAUGCUGGGGCAUUUGUUCACCACUACGAGCAGUUCGGCGUUGGAGCAGAGGAACUCAGAUUCGCCCUCGAACAAAUGGAGGAGAUAAUAGCUGCGUAUGCUGCCAUACGCCGUGCUUGA